AUGGAUUUUGAAAAAGAUCCAUCUGAUCUGAAUUCUCAGGUAGGAACCAAGGAUUCUACUUCUCCCCCCAACAACCAAACUGUGGUGCAGGGUCAAAACAAUUCGGUUGAAUUAUCUCUUGAUGCCCAGCUGUCUAGCACAUCUUCACCGCUGGAAACUAUUACAGUUAGAUCCCACUGUACACCUUUGAGAAAUUCCACCCUGUGGUCCAAUAUCAGUGCCACCCCAUUUCUACUGACAGGCUUCCCAGGUCUGGAGACGUUCCAUCCUUGGAUUUCCAUCUCCUUCUUUGUCUUUCAUGUCUCCAUACUCUUCAGCAAUGGUGUCCUCCUCUUCCUUAUCAGAGAAGACCCCACCCUUCAUGAGCCCAUGUACUAGUUUCUGGCUUUAUUGUCAGCCACAGACCUUGGAGUGACUUUGACAAUGAUGCCCACUGUACUUGGUGUCCUGUGGCUGGAUCACAGAGAAAUCAGCCACGGAUCCUGCUUCUUCCAGGCCUAUCUGAUCCACUCACUCUCUAUCAUAGAGUCUGGAGUCCUGCUGGUCAUGGCCUAUGACCGUUGUAUUGCCAUCUGCAAUCCCUUGAGAUAUUCCUCCCUUCUCACCAAUGCUAAGGUGCUGAAGAUAGGCUUGGGGGUUAUAAUGAGGGGAUUUAUACUCAUUGUGCCCAUAAUCAUCACACUCUUUCUGUUCCCUUACUGUAAAUCCCCUGUCCUUUCUCAUGCCUUCUGCUUGCACCAGGAUGUGAUCAAACUGGCCUGUGCUGACAUCACCUUCAGUAGACUUUAUCCUAUAGCCCUGGUUUCUUUAACUGGUUUCUUGGACUCUGUGCUUAUCUUCACCUCUUAUAUCCUAAUCCUUAAGACUGUUAUGGGAACUGCCUCAGGUAAGGAGCAGGCCAAGGCCCUAAAUACCUGUGUCUCUCAUCUUAGCUGUGUUCUGGUUUUUUAUGUCACUGUGACUGGGCUGACCCUCAUUCAUCGAUUUGGGAAGUAUGUGCCACAUAUAGUUCACAUUAUCAUGAGCUAUGUCUACUUCCUCUUUCCUCCAUUUAUGAAUCUAAUCAUCUACAGUGUUAAGACCAAGCAAAUUUGGAAUAGUAUUAACCAUUUGCUUUCUUUUCAUAGAAUUUGA